CGGCGAGGAUUAGUUUUUGCUUUAGAACCUUGUUUACCGGGCGGUUCUCAGUUUUAUCGGUAGUUGAUCGGUGCUUUGAUAGGAUAGAACAUGGCAGAAUACAGGAUGAAAUUGGUUGUGGUUGGAGUUUUGGUGGUGCUGCACUUCGGAUGCAGCAGUGCACGAUUGGCGCCAGUACUGACAGCCUGCUCCCGUAGCGAUCCAAAGUUCGAAAAAUGCGUCAAGGAAGUUGUGGAGCGGAUACGUCCCAACAUUGCCCGGGGGAACUAUGGCGAGGGUCAACCGGAAGCUCCGCUUCUGGAACCGAUCAUGAUUGACAAGAUGAGCAUUGACCAUGGACCAGGAUUCCGCGCAAAACUGACCAACGUGACAAUCAAGGGCGCCGGAGAUUUCCUAGUCCGACGAGUAAAAUUGAACCUCGAUGAGAAGAUGUUCAACGUUAGCGUGAAGCUUCCCAAAAUGAUCGUUAAUGGACAAUACACUUUGGAUAUGAAGGUUCUGGUGUUACGCAUCUCCGGGCAGGGCGAUUUUGAUCUGAUUCUCGACAAUACAAUUGCCAACAUGAGACUUAAGUACUAUCUCAAACCGGGUCCGGACGGGAAGGAGUACGUCCAGUUUCAACCGAUUCAGGUUAAACUGCGCUUCGAUAAGGGCAAGUUCAAUUUGCAAAAUCUGUUUAAUGGAGAUCCCACGCUCGGCCAGAUCGGAAACAGUGCAAUCAACGAGGAUCCGCACGUGCUGCUCGAUGAAGUGAAGCCGGCGUUUGAGGAAAGCUUGGCAAAACAGUUCACUGCUAUGGCGAACAGUGCGGUGAGUGGAGCGACCGAGCUGGAUAUUCUUCCACUGUGAUAUUAGAAUAGUUUGGUUGUAA